AUGCAAUGUUGUAGAAAUUCUGUGAUUUUUAUUGUGGCCAGUCUCGCGUUUUAUGAAUCCUUUGCUGCAAAAAUAAGCCUUGUAAGCAACAAUGCCACAUUGAGCAUAGGCCAGCCAGCAAAAUUCCUCUGCACAUGGCAGGACACGGAGGACGUGGGUUCAAAUCGGGUCACGUGGAAUCUACCUGGUCGAAUUUAUAUAUUUACUCACUCGGCAUCAUUCCAUUCAACUUGGUACAAAUUUGAUUUACCCUCUGCCAUUCCCCAGGCAAACAUCACUCCAAUUUCUGAUGACGUAGCUGGCUAUGUCUUGUCUGGCACAAAUCUGACACUCCUCUGCACGUGGAACCCAGAAGCACAAGAUGCUUAUUUUGUGAGAUGGAACUGGCCAGACAGCAAUGGUGAAUACCUAGGAGCCCAGAAUUUCUAUUCUUACAAUUUUGCCAUUCCAAAUAAGACAUGUGAAGGUGGUCAGCUCCAUAAAUGGGAGCCCAAUUCUGUCUCUUAUCCACUCAAGGGUCGAACAAGUAUGGUUUGCUUGAAUGAAUCAUCUUCAUAUCUUCACAUCACAAACAUUUCUACAGCGGAUGAUGGUAUUUCUAUUAAUUGUUGGGGUUUCACAUUUGAUGCAAUAUACACCAUACAUGUAUAUCAUGACAGUUGUGCCAGCCAACCUUGUCUAAACAGUGGAGAAUGUAUAAAUGAUGGAAUAUCUUUUCAUUGUAAAUGCCUAGCAGGUUUCAAAGGGCGUCACUGUUCAAAAAUGAAAAUCUGGUUACCAGUGACAAUAGGAGGAGCAAUUGUUUUAUUUCUUAUCAUCAUUAUUGUCAUUUCAAUAAAAGUAAAGAUGCUUCUUUGUCCUCGACUGCAAGGUGCUGUCAGAAGUGAUUCAAUUCUUUCAAAUGUUCAUACACCUUACAUGGAACUUGGAUCAAUUUGA